CUCGGAUGGAGCUCGAGGUUGGGCUUGUUUCAUUUACACCCGGAGGUGGAAAUAAAGAAGUGCGUGGCCGCCGCGUGGGUCCUCCUCACUCCUCACGCCUUGCCCGUUCACACGCAAAAUCCGCAUAUAAUAAGAACAGUCAACCACCAUUCCAUCCUUCCAUCCACAAAGCUCUUUUCCUGCGUUUUCUUACAUCACCUCCUACCCUCCCUGACUCCUCCGCCACCACAAGUCCCCACCAAACUCCAAAGGUAAGCAUGGCGAAUGGUGUAACGCUUGAAUCGGUUAGACAGUCUUUGAUAAGACAAGAAGACACCAUCAUUUUCAGUCUCAUAGAGAGGGCUCGUUUUCCCAGCAAUUCUCCUACCUAUAAUGAAUCUUACGUUUCCACUCCAACCUUUUCUGGUUCUUUGGUUCACUUUGUUGUUAAGGAAACAGAGGCCCUUCAAGCUAAGGCUGGAAGAUAUGCAAACCCUGAAGAGCAUCCCUUCUUUCCAGAUAAUCUUCCGCCCUCGGUGGUGCCGCCUUACAACUUUACAGAGAUAUUGCAUCCUCCAGCUGCUUCGAUUAACAUAAACAAGGACAUAUGGGAUAUGUAUUUUAAGAAACUUCUUCAGCUGUUUGCUGCACCGGGUGAUGAUGGCAAUUAUGCAUCAACUGCAGCUAGCGACCUUGUGUGUUUACAGGCCCUCUCCAGAAGAAUUCAUUAUGGAAAGUUAGUAGCCGAGGUAAAAUUCAGGGAAUCCCCUAAAGAAUAUGAGCCUGCAAUUCGUGCUAAGGACAGAGAUGCUCUGAUGAAAUUGUUGACAUAUGCGAGUGUAGAAGAGGCAGUAAAGAAGAGGGUUGCAAAGAAGGCCAUGGUGUUUGGACAAGAAGUGACUCUGAAUAAUGAUGACAACAAGGGAAAGUACAAGGUUGAUCCAACAGUAGUUUCUCGCCUCUAUGGGGAUUGGAUAAUGCCUCUCACUAAACUUGUCCAAGUUGAGUACCUACUAAGACGCCUUGAUUGAAGCCGUUUCCUUUAUGAAUCAUCCAAUAAUGUGAUGGAGUUUCAAAGGAUUGAAUUUUUCUUAUGAUCACAUAAUUGCUUAUUCAAGAAAGAUGAUUUUGAAUUGAGUAUCAUUUUAAAAGCUAGCAAAUAAAUCUGCAUUUAAUGAAGAAAGUUCGUCUACAUGAACAUGUAUCCAUGAUUGGAUAUAUAGAGAUAUCGAUGUAUAUAUAUGCAUGCAUUAUUGAUAAAGAAA